AUGUCGUUGUCUUUGUGGUGCGAGGAGGUGGAGGAGGACCAGAGCCAGACUCAGGACCAAAGCCAGACUCAGGACCAGAGCCAGACUCAGGACCAGAGCCAGACUGAGGCCCAGGCCCAGGGCCACAUCGCAGGCUCAUCUCAGCUGCGGGCCGCCUGGGACCCCACCGUGUCCGGGCACCGUGUGAUCCAGAGGCUGCUCCACGUGGAGGAGAGGUACAUGCCCUCCAUGCUUUAUGUCACCCUCAUCCAGCGGGAGCCGGAGCGCAGGGAGGAGCUCGCCAAGUGGGCCCUGGAGGUGUGCUGUGACUGUGGCUGUGAUGAGGCGGUCUUCCCCCUGUCUGUCUCUCUGAUGGACAGGUUCCUGUCUGCGUCUCUGUCUCUACCUGUGUCACCAUACUGCCUGGCCGCUGGCUGCAUCCUCAUUGCCUCCAAACUCACAGAGUGUGACAACGUCACGGCGGACACUCUGUGUGCUGCAGCUGAGUACAGCUUCCAGCCCUCCAGCCUGCGGGAGAUGGAGCGAGUCAUCCUCGCCACCCUCCGAUGGGACACAGCAGCAGUGACUCCUCAGGACUUCCUCCCACAUUUUAUUGCCUCGGUGGAGGAGAGGAGAGACGGAGACAGUGGAGACCCUGAGAAGCAGCUUCUCAUCACCCUGCGGCGGCACAGCGACACGCUGGCUGCCAUGUGUGCCUGCGACUCCCGUUUUCUGGGAGCACCACCCUCACUUGUUGCUGCAGCAUCACUGAACUGUGCUCUGCGGGGUCUGGGGACCAAGGGCCCCGCUCAGCUGGCUGUGAUGAGUGAAGCACUGGCAGAGCUCUGCCAGACCGACCUGGCAGUGCUGCAGUGCUACAGUGACAUGAUCGAAUAUGCCCUCCGACAGCGGCUGAGGAGUGGGCUGCAGCAGGGCCCCAUGGAGAAGGAUGAAGAGGUGGAGAACGAGAGACCUGGGACACCCACUGACAUGAGAGAGAUUGAUUUCUAAACACUGAAUCAGCUGCUGCAUUGGAAGUGUGAAUCAAUCAAAGCCUUUCAUCAAAGUCCAUCAGUCAAACUGAUAUAAAUUGAUAAUGACCUCAAAAUGCUCUGACAUGUUAUAUUUUUAAAAUGACUUUAUUGUGUGACUUUUAAUUUAUUUUGUAUUUAUUCAUGAACAAUUUUUGCAAAUAUGUGUUUUGCAUGUGCCAUAUUUUAUUAUCUAUUUCUAUUAAUUUUAUUGUAGGCCAAUAGAUGGUAUUUUACUUGAUGCAUUAUAUUUAUAUUGUUUAUUUAUUAUUACGUGCAAUGAUUGGCUCUUUUCAUGUUAAUUUAUUUCAUCUUGCCAUAUCUUUGUGUUUGUGUGCUGAAUUAAAUA